UGGACAAAUCAAUUUAUUAAAUCAACUUUGUUUCUGUCUCAAUACACCACAAAAAAACGUUACUCCAACAGUCAACUUGUUUACAUUUUUCUCUUAUAAUGUGACCCCUAAUUGAAUUUUGUUUUCAACUCUAAUUGAAUUGUGGUUGCCUCUUAAUUAUUUUCACCCAACUUUUUUAGUUUCCCAUGAUUCAAAUUAAUUUAAAUCUUAGUCUUACUGUUCCCAUGUUAAUCCAACUGAACUUAAUUUGAUUCCUAUUUUAGUUUUACCCUUAUUUACAAUAUUCAUUAAUGCUUCAUCCAAUUUCAAGUUAUCCAUCUUUUCAUUUCUUUGAAUAACAAACUAAGCACAUCAGCUGGCUCAAUCUUAAUCAAACAUUUAUCUGAAAUUGAUUGUCAUCUGUCAAGCCAUCCUCUAUAAUAAAUGUUGAUUUGAGUCUGGACUUUAACGGACUGUUAAUCGAUUUUUCAACUCGAUCGUUCUCCAUUUACACCCAUUAUUUUGUGAUAUUUCAUCGGAUUAAUUGAAGUGACUUGGAUGGUUAAAAUAACAUUUUUUGAUUGGAAAAGUGCAAACUGAUAUUAUCUAUGACGACUAUUUUGAUGGUUUAACGUAACAUGGCUGCUAUUUUCACGUUUAAUGUUAUCAAAACAAUCGUCCGAUUAUAGAUUGUCUUGAUGACUAAAGCUGUGUUAAAGUGUCUUCAAGUCCACAAGCACUCGAUUCAAACUAAUUUAACUCAUUAGAAGAAAUCUCCUGUCUUCAUUAGAGUUGAUGAGCAUCAAAAAUUAUCAAAGCUAAUAAUAUUGUCAACGAUAAUGUCAGCUAUUAUACCUAAAGUGACCAAAUUAUCUGAGAGAGUUAUCCGUGUUUUGGGAUGUAAUCCUGGUCCGUUUACCCUUCAAGGUACAAAUACUUAUUUGGUCGGUACCGGUGAUAAUAGAGUGCUUAUUGAUACUGGUGAAAAGAACAACCAAGAAUAUAUCAAUACUCUGAAAGAUGUUCUUUCCAGCAGUCAAAUUAAGCUAUCCAAUAUUAUUAUAACACAUUGGCAUCCAGAUCAUGUUGGCGGUUUGUUAAGCGUUUUGGAUUUACCAAAUAUCCACCCAGGCUGUAAAGUUUUCAAGUUCAAAAAUGAUAAAAAAGAUGUUAUAAAUGAUCAAAUUUCAUAUGAGUAUUUACGAGAUGAACAAAGCAUUGAGGUCGAUGAUAAGACAACCUUAAGAGUAUUAUUCACUCCUGGACAUACCGAUGAUCAUGCUGCUCUACUACUGGACGAAGAAAAGUCAGUUUUUGCUGGUGAUUGUGUUCUUGGUGAAGGAAGUGUUAUCUUCGAAGACCUCAGUGACUAUUUGAAAUCCCUGGAAAUAAUCGCAUCUUUCAACCCAGUUAAAAUAUACCCAGGCCAUGGCCCUGAAGUGUACAAUCCUAAAGAGAAAAUCAAUGAUUUGAUUGGGCGACGGAUGAAUCGAGAAAGGCAGAUCAUGGAAUGCAUUAGAUCUAGUGACUCGCAAGGUACCACAAUUAGUGAAAUUGUUUCCAUUAUUUUCAAGGAUAAACCCAAAGAGCUACACCCUGUUGCCGCUUUCACUAUAACUCAUCAUUUACAAAAACUGUUGAAAGAACAAAAAGUCGAAACUGAUGGCCUAGCAGACCAGGCGCAUUAUUGGAUUAAGGGUGUUCGCAAUCAAUGUUUGAAAGGACUUUAGGAUUUCCAUUGUUUUCUUUUUUGGCUUGAGAUAUCUAUUUUUUUGAUAAUAUAUGAUAAUAACGUUAUGUUAGUUUAGAGACUUGGACUCUAAUUUCAAUCUUUUCUUAAUUAUUUUCAAAUAGACAGAAUUAACUGUUAAGAACAGUAAUUUGUUGGAAAACAUUUAUUGGUUGUGAAAAAGUUAAAUGUUAAUGAAUAGUUUUUGAUUAUAUGGAAAGCACAUCGACGCAAAUUUUAUUUAUCACAGAUAAAUUUUAUUUAUUGAAUAUUAUCGAUGGUCAUCCGCAUGACCCUUAAUAGUAUUACUAAUAUUGUAAGGCUUUUUCGUGCAAUAUGGUAUAAAAUUAUGAAAGGAAUAAA